ACCUUGAUCAGAAUUGAAAAAGACAGAGCUCUUUUCCAGUUCUGAUGAAGGUUCUUUGUCCUGAAAUGUUAAUUCUGUUUCUCUUUCCAGAGAUGUUGUCUGUUUUUCCCAUUUCUUGGCAGAUCUGGUACAGGCUCUAUGAGAACCCAUUCAUUUGAAGGAGGAUUUAUAUCUGGUGAAUUGGGAAGUGCAGGAUGAAGACUAUCACUGUGGUUGUGGUCCUGUUUCACAUUGAGUCGAGCUUGGGGACAAAAUGUGAGGGCAUCCCGACAUUGAACAGAGGAGAAGCCAUCAAUUGUUCACGCCACUGCCUAGACUGGUCUGAGUUACAGCUUACAGCUCUGACAUCCUUGUCACUAAAAAACUGUGGAAUAUCUCGCAUUAUUAACAUUACUGCCAAUACAGAGCUGAGGAAACUGAAUCUCAUGAAUAACAAACUGCAGGACCUUCCACAAAAUUUCCUUAAAAGCUUUUCAAAAUUAACGGAAUUGAAUCUCGUUGGGAACCCUCUAAAAUCCAUCCCGCUCAGUCUCAUCAAGGAAAUAAAUGUCAAUUUUAGUUGUUCUUGCCAUGUCUUGGAAGGUAUAUUUCACAGUUGCGGGGAGUCAUUGAAUUGCACACAGAGUUCCCUGAACAAUGUAAGUUGCAUUGGACGAAACGGAAUUGAACCGUUGACUUUGGACAAUUUCUAUAAAGCUGAGUGCACAGGGUUAAUGCUUGUCUACAUCCUUGUUCCAAUCUUGAUUAUUGUUGUCAUUGCAAUUGUUGUUCUUGUGCUGGUGAAAUAUCGCUCAAAGAUCACCACUCACUUCUCACCACCUCCAAGCAAACGGCAGUCAGUGUGUUCAACAGACCGUGGGCAGGAGAGAUAUGCAAGCGCAGCGAACUGGAAAGAUGCAGCGGCAGGAUCACAUGGAGCUGCCCGGGAAACACCUCACAGGGAUUACGAAAACGUCUUUAUGGAGGAUUCGGACAAGGCAAGGAAGCAGCAGACUCCUGACGAUACUUACUAUCUGGAGAGUGAUGCAGCUUGUGAAAUUUACCAAAAUGAGCAGCCUGUCUACUGUAACUACACUGGGCCAGCUGCUAAAGCAGAGGAUGAUAUAUACAUUGUACCUGACCAUUAAAUACAAUAUUGGGAUUCCCCCAAAUAUGUGCAAAAUCUCCAAGUAGACAUUUUAUUCCAUUUCCCUUUGAUAAUGGUCUUGAAAACCUCUCACUUUUAAGAACCUGGACAGAUAGCAGGGACCACCCAAACGGAGCAUCUGGAACACAAAAUGAACAUCUGGAGCUUAACCUGAACAAUGUAACUUAACAAGAACAUCAGUAUUGCAACCUAAACUCAGCUAUUAUAUAUAGAAUUCAAGCUAAACAUACGUGGACUACAGUAGAAAAUCAGGAAGCUCACAAAACAAUAGAAAUCCGUCUGAAAUCCAUCAGAAGAUUAAGAACUUGAACAAAUAUCAGGACUCUUCCAGCAUUAUAUUGAAACCAAAUAGCUGAGUGUUUAUUGUAUUGUUAAGAUUUUUUUUCCCAAGUGGUGAACGUAGCAGCAGGAGGUUGUGGUUCGAAGCAGAAUGCUGGGGUGGUGCACUAGUGCCUUAUGUGGUUUUGUGUUUGCAGUUUGAUACAAUCAGAAUGACAGAGCUUUAGGAUUGGGAUGGAGAGGAGGUCAGAGAGUCAUAGAACUGUAGCAGUCAGCAAGGAUAUCAGGAACUAGUUAACAGGAGCAGGAAGUGCCAGUCAGUGAAAAUUUAGGUAUAAGAAUCAGAGUUAUUGAGGAAAGGAGGAACUAAUCAGAGGAACUGAGGGAAACUGACCAAUGGAAGGAAGAAUUAAUCAGAAUGUUCAUUAGCUGCUGUUCAGUGGGUUCUGACAGAUCUGGCACUAUGCUAGGAGCACACUGGGAAGACAUCAGUGCAGUGGGGCUACACUGGGAGCACAUUGGCAGAACAUUGGGAGUACAAUGGGUGUGCUCUGAGAGUACACUGGACAGCACAGAGAGCAAACUGACACCACAAUGGGAGCACAUUGGUAUGACACUGGUAGCAUGCAGGGGGCAUACAUGGAUAUUCGGAGCAAGUCAUACUUACCUGAAUAAACUAAUAAUCAAGGACAACUUGACCCAAAUCUGCCACAUAUAGUUGGGUCCUAUCAGACUCAGGUUGAGUAGCCAGGUUCCACUCUGCAAUAUCUUGGUUUGCCGCUUACCACUGGAUCAGACAGGCACUGUAUUCAAUGAUUUUAUAUACUUUGAUUUCAGUGAGAAACAGGCAGCAUUUCGGGCACUGGGAGUUGCCAGCAUUUCUGGCUUCCUACAUGUGCUAGCAGCCAUGGACUACACUCAUGUGCCAUCAGGGCUGCCAUGAAACUCCUGGACCAUUUCCUUGACAGAUUCCACUCCCUCAAUAUUCAGUUGCUUGUGGACCAUCAGAGAAAGUUUCUGAUGGUGAAUGCCACAUUUCCGGGAAGCACACGGGACAUUUCCAUCCACAGGGACACUGAGCUGUUGAACAUUUUCCACAGUUGGUACUGCCCAGAAGGAUGGAUGCUGGGGGGAGGGGGAGGGGGGUGGGUGAGGGUGACCCUCUACUUCCCUAGCUCCUCCUAACAUAGCAACUGGAUACCGUGAUGUGGGAGCCACGUAUCAGAAUUAUUGUGGAAAGUACCCUUCAAUUUCCAUUGCCUGCAUCAGUCUGGGGGCAGCCUGCAGCAAACACACCAGCAGGUGCAGUGGUUGCACCAUUGUGCGCAGAGUGCAACACAACCCAGCAAUCGGCGGGCAGCAGUCAGUGUGCAGAGAAGAGCAAUUGCAGGCUUGGACCCCGAGGAGCAAGAGGAGCAGGAGGAUGGGACAGGCUGCUGUGGGGAGGGUGGAGGCAUUCUAGCAAAGCAGAAACAGCCUCAAGAGCCAGCAGAGCAGAGGAAAGAGGCAUUGACUGCAUGAAUUAUUAGGACUUCCUGACUGAGAGACACCUUUCAUAGAAGUUUGCUCAAUCAUUGUGCCCAGUGCAGAUAACUAUCCCCUCCACACUCCAAUCUUUGACAGCAACAUGGUUCAUCUGUAAUCAACUAACAGCAUAAGUGGCACAUAAAAGUCGCUCACAAACUCCUCUGCACAUCCACCUGUACUGAUGAGAACAUACCAAUGCAUGAAAUACUGAUUCAGUUACUGAAGUGUCAUGCUACAAUUGUUAUUGUGGUCUGCUGGAGUGCUGGAGCCUGAUAUACCUUGUGAGGACAUGAAAUUUAUUCUUGUGUUGCUCGAGUGAGUGGGGAUUCUCACACAGAGGAGAGAGCUGGCGCCACAUCCUACUGGACUGUAUGUGAUGGACAUAAUGGGUCUCCUUGCUUCCCAGCACAGAGCACCUUCCUCCUGCCUUGUAUAGAAACAUAGAUGCUUAGAAAAUAGGAACAGAAGUAGACCAUUUGGCCCCUUGAGCUUGCUCUGACACUCCUUACAAUCAUGGCUGAUCCUCGAAUUCAAUGUCAUAUGCUUGCUUUCCCCCAUACCCUUUAAUAUUUUCUAUGUUUAGAAAUCUAUUCAUCUGCUUCUUAAAUAUAUUCAGCAACUUAAUCUCCACAGUCUUCUGUGAUAGAGAAUUCCACAGAUUUACCAUCCUCUGAGAGAAGAAAUUCCUCAUCAUCUAAGUCCUAAAUAUUUUAUUCCAUAUCCUGAGAUUGUGAUCCCUUAAUUAUAGAACUCCACUAGCCAGGAGAAACAUUCUUCCUGUAUCCAGUCCAUCAAGCCCCGUUAGAACUUUGCAUGUUUCGAUGAAGUCUCCCCUCAUCCUUCUAAACUCUACUGAAUACCUGCCCAGUCAACCCAAUCUCUCAUAUCUAGUUGACUAGAACUUCUCUCUUUGAGUGAAUCUGGGAGUCCUCUUCCUCUCCCUGCAGCUUCUGUCUCCUCAGUGCAGCCUUAAUGUGCACUUCUGUCUGGAUGUCAUGAGGAGUGUGCCUUUAAGAGCCAACACCCUUCUCCAAUUGGUGAGUUGUGAAUUUUCAGAAGUUGUAUUUAGCUGAGUGUUGUGCCUUCAGGAGUAGGGCAGCUGCUGAUCUGGGGCACGCUUCUGUGUGUGAAUCACCCUAAUACUCUUUUAAAUGCCUUUUUGACCAAUUUUACAAUAUUCUGGGGGCAAAUCAUCGUAUUCUUAAAAAAGUGAAAUCUAGUUCCUAGGCACAUAUGUGCAAAAUAUCAAUGAUGUGAUUUUAUUUGUAACUCUUGGAAAAUAACUUCAUGAUUGAUUUAAAUGUCAUUGAGGAUUGAAUAAACAACGA